CCCCCCCCCUAAUUCUAAACCUAAAAUUAGUCUCUUAAAUUCAACAAUCUGCGUUCCUUACGUAAAAUUUGAGAAGUUGUCUCUAUUUCUCAGUUUCCUUCAUCUCUACAGUCUAUUUGAAUGCUUAGUUGAUAUUAUAAGGAGAAGUGAUACCUGGAAGAAAAGCUUGGUGAUCUUCUUUCCCAAAACACAAGGAUUUGCUGACCUCUGUGGCCCUGUGACUCUACUGUAUAAAGCAGAGAUUCUGUCGAAUUGGUGAAUGGUUAUGAUGAAGGAACCAACUCCUAGAAGAGAGAAAGAAAAUUACAACAAGAUAAACAAAAAUAGCUAUAGUAGUAUGAGAUGUCCACAUUGCGCCGGUCCUCUUUCUAAGGAGAUGGAGACAAGCGAGUGGACGGUUCCACCUCUAAUCCGAGACAGCUUUUCUAUGAUUGGUUCUGCAGUUGGUGGUACGACAAGUGCAUUCUAUGGCUUCAACCAUGUGAUGCCGAUUGUUAAAAGGUGGAUUAAAGGGCCUAUGUGGUUGCAUUUCCUUGUCGGUGCCCCUCCUGUGAUUGUUUUCUCAUCUGCAUGUGCCGGGCUAGCAGGUGGUGCUGUUCCAGCAUUUGCACAGCUAGCAUCUUCUUCUUACCAUGCUGCAAUCUCAUCUUCCUCGUUAUCGCCUACAGCCUCACAAGAUGAGAACAUGAGAAAAUCUAGUUUAAACAACUGAGGAGAGAUUCUUUUACUAUCAGAAAUCUUCUGCAUUCUGCGGGAUCAUCUCUUUGUUGGCGACAGUCUGUCCUUUCCUGAUUGUUUUACUAUGGUUGUGUUUAAGAUGUCUGCUUCUGUGUGAUAGAAAUUAGUCAAAGGUGCGCACAAGUUGGCUGGACAUUACGGUUAUCAAAAAAAAGAAUGACUGCUUGUGUCUGAUGGAUUUUUUUUCUUUUGAGAGGAUGUGUGACUUGUCCAUGUAAUGAGUUGUUUAUUUUGUACAUUCCAACUUUAUUAUUUCAGUGAUGAUAGAAAUUUUGCCCUUUAAAGAA